AACUAUGUGCUAGCAUAUUGCCAAACCAAAAAGCAGAUAUUAAUUAUAAGUGGUUUGUGGACCCUCACUAAUAAAUAGUAAUUUUACAGUGAGUGGAUUAUAGGAUGUCCCAUUAUGAAUGUGGUCCGGGCUGAAAAAGAUCACCAGAGGUUACCAGUCAGUAAAAGAAGAUAUUAGAAUAGUUAUACAACUUACUAAUUUAAUCAACUUUAUUUCAAACUGCCCAUUUUGCUGUGUGCAAUAUCAAAACGCACAUCACUGUAUAAUUUUACCCAUAUAAAUACACUAAUACAGAGUCCAUACAGCACAUAUUUUGUUAAUUUAUCACAUCUUAUAACAUUGCUAUGGUACUUAUGGAUAGCACAUAAAUGUCCACAUUCAUUAUUUACUCAUGUUUUUAAUUAGCAUAGAGGAAUAAGUAAGAAGUGGGUAAGACUGGGGGGGGUAGCUAAGGAGGUGGGCUGUUCCCGCAGGUGUGGUAUCCUCCCACUGCUCAUUGCUUACCAAUAAAUACAGAGCACAAAGUAACUUCUCACGCAGCAUCCUGAGACAUCUCAGCAACAAGUAAGUGACUGCUUUUAUAAACUUCUCUUCUAUUUAAUUAUUAUUUUAAAAAAAUUGGAUGUAGCUGCUUUCUAUUUUUCUUUCUUUCUUUUUUUUCUUUUUUUCUUUCCUUCCUUUCUUCUUUACUGUUGAGACAUAUCUUACAAGAUAGUUGAGGUAUUACUGAUGGUAUGGAGAUUAGUAUACUAGUAAGAACUAUUUUUUUUAAUAUGCUGCAGAUAAAACAUGGAUAUUUUAUGCAUUAAUAAAUACAUAGAUAAAUACAUAAACGCAGUUCUUGCAAAUUUUUAAUUUGCUUUAUAAAAAAGCAAUAACUUAAAAAUGUAAAUUGAUUUAUAUAAAUUAAACAUGGCAUUUCCAGAUCUUCAUAGAGAUAAUGAAUAAAAGUUGUUCAUGUAAAUGACCGACUAUUCAGUCCCUAGCUGUAAAUCUUCAUAUUUAUAUUCAUGUUUUACAUGUGUGAUAAGCAGAGAAGUGUUUGAAUAGAUUGGAUAGUUGUAUAUAAAAUAUUUUGCUGAUCUUACUUCCUCUUAUCAAUGGGUCCUUAUUUCCUGCACUACCUUAACCACUCAAGCUAGGCUGGAUUCAACUCAUUUAGCAGAAAUAGGAUUUCUUUGCAAUUACCUAACAACUAUUGUUAUCCAUUGGUUAUAGAUCACAAUGGCUUACCCAAUCACCAAUCAGCCUCAAGGUAUCCAGGGGAUGAAUGUUGAUAGCAGCAAAAGCACAUGGGGCACUGAAGUCACAGAAUGUUGUGACGAUAUGGGAAUCUGUCUGUGUGGAACAUUUGUGCCCUGUAUCUUGGCAUGUAGAGUGGCCGCUGAUUUUGGGGAGUGUUGUUGUCUUCCAUUUAUAGGAGGAGGUGUCCUUGCCAUGCGAACAGGAAUCAGAGAACGCUACCGUAUCCCGGGCACUAUUUGCGAUGAUUGCAUAUGUCUCACAUUCUGCUACCCCUGUGCAAUCUGCCAGAUGGCCCGUGAGCUAGACAUGAGGAAAUGAAGAGGAAGGAAUUGUGUGUGUAGCAAUAUGAAUAUUUUUUACUGAUUACAACCAUUAUCAGUAAUACAGACUAUGUAGCCUCUUAAUAUUAAAGCAACAUUCAGCACAUAACGUCUGUUUCCCGGCGAGCCUGAAGGGCAUGAAGUGUAAAUUUGCUGUCCUUCAAAAUAACUCAACACACAGCCAUUAAUGUCUAAACUGUUGGCAACAAAAGUGAGUACACCCCUAAGUGAAAAUGUCCAAAUUGGGCCCAAAGUGUCAACAUUUUGUGUGGCCACCAUUAUUUUCUAACACUGCCUUAACCCUCUUGGGCAUGGAGUUCACCAGAGCUUCACAGGUUGCCACUGGAGUCCUCUUCCACUCCUCCAUGACAACAUCACGGAGCUGGUGGAUGUUAGAGACCUUACGCUGCCCCACCUUCCAUUUGAGGAUGCUCCACAGAUGCUCAAUAGGUUUUAGGUCUGGAGACAUGCUUGGCCAGUCCAUCACCUUUACCCUCAACUUCUUUAGCAAUGCAGUGGUCGUCUUGGAGGUGUGUUGGGGUUGUUAUCAUGUUAGAUUACUGCCCUGCGGCCCCGUCUCAGAAGGGAGGGGAUCAUGCUCUGCUUCAGUAUGCCACAGUACAUGUUGGCAUUCAUGGUUCCCCCAAUGAACUGUAGCUCCCCAGUUCCGGCAGCUCUCAUGCAGGCCCAGACCAUGACACUCCCACCACCAUGCUUAACUGUAGGCAAGACACACUUGUCUUUGUACUCCUCACCUAGUUGCCGCCACACACGCUUGACACCAUCUGAACCAAAUAAGUUUAUCUUGGUCUCAUCGGAACCACAGGACAUGGUUCCAGUAAUCCAUGUCUUUAGUCUGCUUGUCUUCAGCAAACUGUACGCGGGCUUUCUUGUGCACUAUCUUUAGAAGAGACUUCCUUAUGGGACAACAGCCAUGCAGACCAAUUUGAUGCAGUGUGCGGCGUAUGGUCUGAGCACUGACAGGCUGACCCCCCCACCCCUUCAACCUCUGCAGCAAUACUGGCAGCACUCAUACGACUAUUCCCCAAAGACAACCUGUGGAUAUGAUGCUGAGCACGUGCCCUUAACUUCUUUGGUCAACCAUGGUAAGGCCUGUUUUGAGUGGAACCUGUCCUGUGAAACCACUGUAUGGUCUUGUCCACCAUGCUGAAGCUCAGUUUCAGGGUCUUGGCAAUCUUCUUAUAGCCUAGGCCAUCUUUAUGUAGAGCAACAAUUCUUUUUUUCAGAUCCUCAGAAAGUUCUUUGCCAUGAGGUGCCAUGUUGAACUUCCAGUGACCAGUAUGAGAGAGUGUGAGAGUGAUAACACCAAAUUUAACACAUUCACACCUGAGACCUUUUAACACUAACAAGUCACACGACACCGGGGAGGGAAAAUGGCUAAGUGGUCCCAGUUUGGACAUAUUCACUUUUGUUGCCAAUGGUUUCAACAAAAAUGGCUGUGUGCUGAGUUAUUUUGAGGGGACAGCACAUUUACACUGUUAUACAGGUUGUACACUCACUACUUUAAAUUGUAGCGAAGUGUCAUUUCUUCAGUGAUGUCACAUGAAAAGAUACAAUAAAAUAUUUACAAAAAUGUGAGGGGUGUACUCACUUUUGUAAAAUACUGUAUAUUGUACCAAAAUACCAUCAGAUAUAGAAAUAAAUAUUUAUUUAUGAAUAAACAGGA